AUGCCUAAACCAAACCAUCGCGGCGGAGGUCGCGAAAAGAAACCCGCAAGUCGUGAAGUUACAAUCUCAAAGGCACUGAGUCUAAUACUCCGGCAUGCCGCAGAGCGCGAGGGACUUAAGAUCAACUCCGACGGCUACGCGAAUGUCGCAGACGUUCUCGCAUGGCAGAGACUCAAAUCACAAAAGGCUACCCUCAGCGAAAUCCUAAACGCCGUCGAGACAUCAGAUAAAAAACGCUUCGCGCUGUUCUACCUCCCCUCCGCGUCUUCCUCCUCUACAGAUGAGCCUCCGACAACAACCCAAGACUCUUCAACUGCAAUAGAAGAAGCUGCGUCCGAAUCCAACCAAGGCGAAACCGCAACCGCAACAGCUCUUGCAGCCUCAAAAACCGACCUAGAUCCAUCACACUAUCUCAUCCGCGCAACGCAAGGCCACAGCAUUAAAUCGGUCCAGGCCGAGUCCGGACUACUUGAGAAACUCACACUCGAUGCGCUGGAUACAUUACCUGAUACCGUCGUACAUGGGACGUUUCAUUCGACGUGGCCGCUAGUCCUGGCCUCUGGCGGAUUGAAAUGUAUGGGGAGGAACCAUAUACAUUUUGCGACGGGUCCCACACUACCAGAUGCGCUGGCCGAUAUCACGAGAAGGGGCGAGGGAGGCGGUGCAGGUUCGGGCCCUGGUUCCAACGGUCAAGUCAUAUCCGGAAUGCGCAGGGAUGCGCAGGUUUUGAUUUACAUCGAUAUUCGGAAGGCACUGGCGGCUGGGUGUCCGUUCUGGAGGAGUGAGAAUGGGGUUAUUCUAUCUGAUGGGAUGGAAGCGGAUUCAAAAUCAUCGGCUGGUAAAAACGGUGAGAAGGUGAUCCCGUUGGAGUUCUUCGAUGUUGUUAUUGAGCGGAGGAAAGGGUUUGGGAAGAUUUGGGAGGAUGGAAAGGAGAUUUAUGCCUUACCGGAGCACUUGACCAAGAAAGGGAAUCCGAAAUUGCAUCAGUUUGCUCGUUAG